GAAUUUGGAAGCAGAAAUUCGGUAUUGGCGCUACUUUUAAAGUUGGUGGUUAGUUUCGUCACCUUGUAGCUCGAAUUCUUCCUGUCAACAGUGGUUCUGUAAUUUGUAUUGGUUGUUACUUUUAGCGAAACAAUCCAGGAUCUCAUCAUAUUUAUGGAUGGUGACAUUUUGAAUGUUUUGAAUUCUAUCAAAACUGUGGGAAAAGACAAUGCUGCAAUCUGUAUUCCCUUUGAGAGACUUGCUCAAUAUUUAUUACUUGAUAAGGAUAGUCUUCCGAGUAACCUUCGCUUAUCACUCAUUGAAUGUAUCGCGAAUAUGGCGUUCGAUCCAUCAAUCAUCGGAUUAAAAGGUUUUGAGUUAUUAUUUCCUGGUUUGUGGAAUUUGGUAUAUCUCUCCCCUUCAACGGACAGAACUAUAUCAUCACUUGUAUUCCCUGUAUUAAAUCAGAUUAUACAGUUUAAUGCCUUUGUCGAUUUCAAUGGUAGCCUUCCAUCUGUUUUGACUAUUUCAGUCAAAAAAACAUGUGAAUUAUAUAUGCCUGAAACAGAUUGUCUCUUAUUUUUGAGUGAACUUCUACGGUAUGGUGUAAAAAACAAUAUAGAUUUGGAAGAUUCUAUAUUAAAGAGCUUGGCCGUUUGUUGUGAAAAAUUCGAUCCAUCGUGUAAAGAUGAUUUACUUUGGAAUUACUUAAUUUUAAUGAUAAAAUUAAUAAAUUUAAUGCCUACAAUUGAUAAUGGUAUAGGUUUAUUAGAACAUCUUAAACAUCCAAUUCUAUUUUGUUUGAAUUGCUUGAAGACUGAACGAUUUUACAGCAUCAAUAAACAAUUCUGUAUAGUUCUCCAAUUUUUGGUCGCUUUGUCAAACGUUUUUCAAUCAUUAAAAUGGUUGGAAAAUUUUUGCAAUCAAACUAAUCAUGGUGAACCAUUUACUCUUGUUGUUACAACCCUUACUAUUGAACUACGAUUAUAUCUGACUCAGAAAUCCUCAGGAAACAAUAACAGUAAGAGUGUUAACAAUAAUGUUCAGUGCGUUUUGAAUUCUGGCAGUGAGGAAGAGAAAACUUUCAGAACAUCGUCAGAAAAUUGUACAGAUAUAUUGAUUUGCUCAGAUUCUUCAGUAAUUAAUUGCAAUAUAUUAGAAGCAUGUUUACUUUUAUUUCAAUAUUGCCUACAAGAGUUACAGAAGAGUGACACUGAUGAUAAUAAUUUAGAUACUGUUAAUAAAUGUAGUGACAAUUCUUCUUAUCGCUCCUUAAUUUCAUAUGCUACUGACGAUACAGUGAAAAAUAUUUGGUUACAAUGUUUAGAUACUGGUGAAUUGUUACGAAAUUUACUGAGUUCAUUUAAUCCUUCUAUAAAAAAUCAAGAUCCCAAUUGUGAAAUAUGUACUGAUACACACUUUUUAUGGGAUAAGUCGGUUGAUGAAAUUAAACCUCUUGGUACAGUUUUACUUGAAACAUAUUUCAGUUGGAUUGAAUUAUACUUUAAGACACAUUGUAUGGAACUAGAAAAGGAUUUGGAAAUCAUGUCUGUUUUUAAAGAACUAUUCAAUAACUAUUUAACUCCAGUUUUACCGAUUUUGGAUACACUGAUGACAAAUUUCUUUGAAAAUCAUCGCUUGUCAACUGCCUCGCAUCAAAUUUCAUCUACAGAUAAUUCGAAAAUCGUUCAAUCCGUUGCAAACAUUUCAACUAUUUUAGUUCAGCUGUAUAGAAUUCCUUUAAAUACUGGCUUGUCUGCUAACCUAUUUGGAUAUAAUUCGACUGGUAGACCAUUUCGUGGAAAUAUGGUUUGCAAAUGGUUGAAGGAGAGUUGUUGCGCGAAUAUUAUAACUGCCCAGAAAUCUGAUAUGUGUUCAUUCGUUACCCUUGUUACUAACAUCUUGGAACUUAUAAACAAAUGUCUGUUGAAUACACUGUUACUCGACACGAAGGACAGUAUACAUGAAACCAAUUUACUUAUGUGGCUUUUGAGUCCUGGUGAAUUAUUGAAAUUUUUUGUUGGUAAUUGGAUCUCUUUUGUAGAUUCUCUAAUUGUAAAUCAACCAUCUCUUUGCAUAGAAUAUAUUUGUACAGUUAUUAAAAUAUGGAUAGUUUAUUACAAAUGGUCCAAAUUAUUCAGUUCUAAUUUAUGUGAUCAAAUGAAAAAAUAUCUAUCGGAUAUUCCUGAUGAACUUUUGAAGAGAAUCGAUAAAAUUUUAUCUUUGUUUGAGGUUGCGUCAUUGGAUCCUUCAGCUGGAUAUCAUCUUUCUAAUCUUGGCGACGGUAAGUUUGUAGGGAAAAAUACCGCUUUUGUUGGUGAAUAUGACAUCAUUCAUAUCGUUUAGUGGUAAAUAUUCAUACAAAAACUUUUAAUUAUGUAUUGGCGUAAACUCCUUUAAAAACUUUCAUUUUUUAUAUAAGGUUUCAAAAAUUAUGGGUUUCUCCUCAUGUUGUAUCCAAUAAUAUGUAGAGCUGUGGUUUAGUGGUUACAGGACUGGGUUUCCCAACAGUCGGUUGCGGAUUCAAACCUCAACCCACUUCAAUUUCAGCAGGCGAUUAGUAUGUAUCCCUAGUUCCCUCAUGCAAAUAAUGUAACUCAAAGCUUAGUGCUUAGACCUGUAUUCAGAAGAUAAAUCGCAUUUUUAAUAUAAUCCAGUAAUACACUAUUACAUCCUACCAUUUUGCAUUGAGUUUUAUUUUGUACGUUGUACCAGAACGACGAAUGUUGAGUAGCAGUUAAAUUGUGGGUUAUUACGUGCAAUUUGUCGCCCUCACAAAGCCAAACAAAGCAGUGGUAUUUAGAUACAAAGAAUCUCAUACAUUUCAUAUCAGUGCAGCUUUGUAUCCUCCAGGUUUAUGAGUCUUCAAUUAGAAGAUCAUCUUUUAAAAAUCUGAAAGAUACAUUAUAAACGGGAACAUAAUUAUCAUCAUCGUUCAUUUGAAAGAUGAAGUAUAAAAUUUAUUAGAAAUAUAUAAAUUACAGUGUGACCAUGGCUGUCUUAUAUUCUAGGCUGUCUCAUGGCGUUAAAAGCCACUAUAUUGCACCUCAUUUAAGGUAUUGUGUAGAACUGUUGAAUUACAAUCCAAUGCAAAUGUAAUCCAUUCCAAAGUACAGGCUGAUUGAUUAAUAACAGGGCUAUAUCUUGACUUAUUUCAUUGUCUGGUUAUGUGCAAUACAAAGCCUCAAAAUAUACCGGAUAAGGAAUAUGAUUAAUAACACUUUUCCAACUACUCAGUUACACUUUCUCAUAAUUCAGCACUGUUAUUAAAUAAAUCGAGUUAUUGAUCAUCCUACUAUUCUUCGAUCUUUUCAAUGUAAAAAAUUAUUGUGUGAAAAUGAACCAUAAAACGUGAAAAGAAACCGAAGCCAUGACAAUAAAAAUGAUCAUAUUAACUGUUUUUGUGUACAAAAACGUGGCUUUGACAACAGUUAUCAUGAUUUACUGGUCCUCGAUAGUCAUUGAAUUUUGAAAUCACUUGAUAAUUGCUUAGUAGUGUAGUUCAUCGACCACUUCAGUAAUUCCAUUUACAUUUCUCCAUUUCUAUCAGUCGUAUGCUUUUAUGAACAUUUUUUUCUAACUGUUUCGCCUAAAAUCACAUUAGCUUACGAUUAAUAAUAAUUUACUGACUGUUGAAAACGUAACUUAAUAUUUUUGUGUUUUGGUUCAGUUUUCACCGAAGCCGCUAAUUUGGAUACACGGUUCUCAGACAUCUCUACUCUUGUUAGAGACUUUUAACUUGUUCAUUUUCUAUAUUGUCUACAGAAUAAUAACAGUUGAUUUCCAUCACUGGAACACAGAUAUCAGCAACAAUAAAAGUUUAUUCAG